CCGCCGUUGCUCAGCAGGGCCGAUGGGACCCCGCUGGCGCCGGAGCCGAGCCUGAGCAGCAGCCGGGAGCCCGGCGGAGCGCGCGUGGAGUUGGCGCAAACUUCCCCACUUUCGGCCAGGCUGCUUUGGGUUGCUGUACUCUAAAAGAUGCACUACUACCGGUAUCCUUCUGCCGAAAUCAGCUGUUGGUACAAAUAUCUCCUCUUCAGCUACAACAUUAUCUUCUGGCUGGCGUUGCAUUUCUCGGAGCUGGUCUGUGGGCAUGGAGUGAAAAGGGCGUGCUGUCUGACCUUUCGAAAAUGACUCGCCUCCAUGGCUUUGAUCCUGUGUUCCUCAUCUUGUUCGUUGGAGGGGUGAUGUUCAUUCUGGGCUUUGCUGGCUGCGUGGGAGCUCUGCGGGAGAAUAUUUGCCUUUUGAAAUUUUUCAGUUUCACAAUCGUGCUCAUUUUCAUUCUGGAGUUGGCCCUGGCUGUGCUGGCUUUCUUGUUCCAGGACUGGGUGAAAGCCCGGGUGGAGACAUUCUUCAAGAACAACAUUAAGGCUUACAGAGAUGACAUUGACUUGCAGAACCUCAUAGAUUCAUUGCAGAAACUGAACCAAUGUUGUGGUGCCCAGAGUCCAAACGACUGGGACCUUAACAUUUAUUUCAACUGCAGUAGUACAAGUAAAAGUCGCGAGAGAUGUGGGGUCCCCUUUUCCUGCUGUAUCCAAGAUCCUGCUCAAAAUGUGGUGAAUACCCAGUGUGGCUAUGAUGUCAGAAAUAUGUCUUCAUCGUACUGGGGGGAGCGAAUCUUCACAAGGGGCUGCAUCUCUGCCCUGGAAGCCUGGCUGCCCAGGAAUAUUUAUAUCGUUGCAGGAGUCUUUGUUGCAAUUUCAUUAUUACAGAUAUUUGGGAUUUUCCUGGCUAGGACACUGAUUUCUGAUAUUGAAGAAGUGCAGUCUGGCUUCCACUUCUCAAGAUAAAAACUAUCUGCAAAGACCAGUCGAUCUUCACUGUUUGUACCAUGACUGUAAAAAGAAAGGAAAGGAAACUUGAGGCUUAGGAAACAUCGAAUACAUCUAGAGCUUAAAGCCAUUAUACGUCUUUGGUUAAAAUGCUCAGUGGUAUCCUGCUCUUCUUUUUGCCACUUGUGAUUGUUUGCAGCAUUAUUUUCUUUGAAGGAGAUGCAUUUAUCUUCAGCCCUCUACAAGCUGAUGGAUGAAGACCUGAGUGUACAGCAGCGGCUUACAGAUUUCUAGUCAGGACUGCUGUCUUCAUUUGUUUUCUUUCUUCUUCUUUUUUUUUACAGUAUUUUGAAGUUAGAAUGUUACAUUCCAAAUGUUGAUCAGUGCCUAGAAAGAGGGUCCCAUGAUGCCAAAAAAUUAUAACUUAAGGAGGGAAAGGGAGGGGAAGAUCUGCAAGAUAACUUUGAUACUGAAAACAAGUUCAGGGAAUGUUGUGCAUGUUAACAAAUUGAUGUAUAUUGUAUGUGAGAGUUUAAAUGGAAGCCAUGUGUGCGUAGUUGUAUGGGUGGGUGCAGUGAAAGACUCCUGCUCUUCCCUAAAACUUUGGUUGGACUCAUGUGUAUAGAAGAAGGAAGUUUUUCUCGUGUGGACCAGAUCCAGUGAAUCCAUUUGAGGUGCUACAAGAUCUGGAGAGAACACUGGAUUUACUUCAAAAUGACUCUCAUCAGGUUGAAAAUCCUUACCUAAGUGGAUUUAUAAAACAAAUACUAUUCUUUUCA